CAGCUCCUCUUUGAUUCCUUCUCCCCCUAAAACUCUCUCUCUCUCUCUCUCUCAGGAAAAUACCCAGUUGCUUCAUUCCCUCUCCUAUGUUCAUAUAGCCCUCCUUGCCCCUCUGCUUUGUUCACGCUUCAUCUAAAAUCUCUCUCUGUUCUUCUGUUCUUAUCUGAGAAAGAGAUGGUGCACUACCAGAGGUAUCAUCAUCCUCUGAGAAAGGGUGUGGAGCUCGUGCUGGUUGGGGAAGAAGAAUAUGAGGAAAUGGAAUCUCAAAGUGGUCUUCUUGAUUCAAUAGUCUGUGGGAGCUGUGGAAUCAAUAAUGUUAAUAGCAAGAGAGCGACUAGGCCCAAGCUUCUCCCCUUCCUCUUCUUUUCUCUUCUCUGCUGCACCUUGUUAUUCGCUCCUCAUUUUCUCUCCUUUCCCCCUGAGUUCGCUGUCUUGUAUUCUUUUGGGCAUGAAGAUGGAAGCCUUGUUGCUCAGAUGGAUGUCAACGCUUCCCUCUGUUCUUCAAUCCCCAAUGGAACAAUAUGUUGUGACCGGAGCAGCAUCCGGUCAGACCUAUGUAUCAUGAAAGGGGAUGUGAGAACACACUCUCCUUCCUCAUCUGUAUACCUCUAUACUUCCCGAAACAUCAAGGGCUUGAUUGAUUAUGUCCCGGGAUUAGAUGAAGAUGGCGAGGUCGAUGAAGAGGAGGAACUUCAACACGAAAAGCUUAAGCCUUAUACCAGGAAAUGGGAGGCAAGUGUUAUGGAUACCAUUGGUGAAUUAGACCUAAUCUCAAAGAGGGAAAGCUCGGCUACCCUACGCGGGUGUGAUGUCCAGCAUGAUGUCCCUGCAGUGUUCUUUUCGACUGGGGGCUAUACUGGUAAUGUUUAUCACGAAUUCAACGAUGGGCUUUUGCCUCUCUACAUUACUUCUCAACAUUUGAACAAGAAGGUUGUGUUUGUUAUUCUUGAGUAUCAUAGUUGGUGGUUAACAAAGUAUGGUGACAUCCUUUCCCUCCUGUCGGAUUAUGCUCCAAUAGAUUUCAGUGGAGACAAUAGAACUCAUUGCUUCCCAGAAGCCAUCGUUGGUCUGAGAAUUCAUGAUGAGCUCACUGUUGAUCCUUCAUUGAUGGAAGGGGGUAAGACCAUUCGCGAUUUUCGCGACCUCCUUGACCGAGCUUACUGGCCUAGAAUUAGGGGCUUGAUUCAGGAUGAGGAAAGAGAAGCCCAGCUGAAGUUGAAAGAAAAGUUGUUCUCUUUACCUCCAUCAUCUGAUCAGAACCAGGUUGAAACAAGAGAAGAGCUGCAGGGAUUGGAGAAACCAAAAUUGGCCAUCUUGUCCCGAAAUGGGUCCAGUAAUAGAGCAAUAACAAAUCAAGACUUGCUGGUGAAGAUGGCUGAAGAAAUUGGGUACCAAGUGCAAGUGCUGAUGCCUGAUAAAACGUCUGAAUUGGCUAAGAUCUACAGGGCACUUAACUCCAGUGAUGUUAUGGUUGGUGUCCAUGGUGCAGCCAUGACUCAUUUUCUUUUUCUGAAACCGGGCUCUGUCUUUAUCCAAGUGAUACCCCUUGGAACAGAAUGGGCUGCAGAGGCUUAUUACGGCGAACCUGCAGCCAAGCUUGGUCUGAGGUACACUGGGUACAAAAUCCUUGCUAGAGAGAGCUCACUGUAUGAGGAGUAUGAUAAGAGUGACCCUGUUCUUACUGACCCCAGCAGUGUGUGCCGUAAAGGCUGGGAAUUCACCAAGAAGAUCUAUCUUGAUCACCAAAACGUGAGGCUGAAUCUUGCAAGGUUUCGAAAGCGGCUAGUUCGAGCCCACGAGUACUCAGUUGCCAAGAAGAAGAACCAGCACUUGCAGCUUCUUCAAUCCCAGUAACAUCAUCAACAUUCAAAUUUAUGAUCCUUUUUCGUGUUCUGUAGAUUCCCAGCUUCCUCUCUAUACAUCUAUCUACUGUAGAUUCCACAUUCUUCUACUUUUCUUUCACCCUUUGGCCACCACUGUAUGUAUUGUAGAUAAUUCCCAUUCCAAGUUCUUCGGCAGCUUCCAUGAAAUAAAAGAGAAAUCUUCAGUACC